AACUGUCAAAAUUAUAGUGCAAAGUGGAAUGUUUAGAUUUUAUUAAUUUGCACUAGAAUUUGAAAUUUUAUAAUAACUUAGCUAUUAUCAGUGUCACAAAUGAAUUCAAUAAUGUUGUAAUACUCGCAUGAGCGUAAAAACCCAUGCAAGUAGCUCGUGUGAAUUACGUAUGAACGUAAUUUUCAGUAUAAUCAGCGGUGUUAGCUAAUUAGUGAUUCUUGUAUUAAAAUUACGUUCAAUAAUCGGCGACUGUAGAUAAUGAAGCAAUGUUCCGGUCGUGCCUUUAGCUGAGUAAAUGAAAAUAAUAUGUUUUGUAAUGGCUUAAUGUUGUGUAUGUUACUAUAAAAUAUUUGAUCGAAGUUGUAAUGGAUACCUGUGUGUAAGGGGACUCUGAUUGUAAGCAAUCUGAUUCUAAUAAAAUAAAGAUGGCUUCCCCAAGCUACCCCACACCUUCCGAGAUAGCUGAACUGCAAACAGACACCAUAAUAAAAGAAGAAACUGAAAUUGACCAUAAUCUACCGGAAGAUAUUCCACUAGAAAUAAAAACAGAAAUACACUUAGACGAUACCAGCAUACAUGAAAGCAUAGACAACCCAUUCAGUAAUGUUCAGGUAGAAGUAAAGCAAGAAUCAGUAUCGGUAUGCAUCGAAAAAGAGGGUAGCGAUAUUGACGAUGGCUGUGCAAAAAUGGAUGAUGUAUUUCACCAUCCGAAAGAAGAACUUGAACAUUAUGUAUCGGUACCUAAAUUUGAAAUGGAUUGUGAAGAGAAUGGAGUAAAGCAAGAACCAGUUGUGGGCGAUGAGUCCUUGGUGACGUAUGACUAUCCGAACUUUGAUGAUGAUGUUGGGAGUAUGGAUAGCAAUGAAGCUGCCGCUUUGAAUCAGGUAGAAGCGUGUUUGCAGGAUGAUAUGAAUAUUAAAUGUGAAGAUGAGGAUUAUGAGCAAAAAGAAGAAUAUGACAAAAUGGACAUCAAAGAAGAAUCUGAUUUAACAGUAACAGAGACACAUUUAAUAUCAAACAAAGUGAUAAAUACCACUUCAACAAUAACCAACCCACACGACGGCCUUAUCGAAUCUAAAACCACUAAAACCUUAGUCAUGGAAAUACUUCCCAUGAGCCAGACAAAUAUGGGAUUCUCCAAAAUUGGCAACCCAGAAGAAAUUCUGCCAACCACAUAUGACAAUGGUGAUGAUUAUAUGGACUACCAGGAUUCUUUUCAACUAAAUUCCAUCACAGGUAAUGUAUUAUCGCUAGAACAAGAGGCAUACGGUCUCCUUAAAGCCAAAGGUAAAAAGAAAGACUUAGGAGAACCCACUGUAACCUGUCCAAAGUGCCCAAAAACUUAUAGACAUAAAAGUCUUCUCAAGAGACAUUUGGCAGUCCACGAUGGCAUAGAGAAACGCGCGCAAGGCCACAUACGAAGUCAAAUAACAAGAAAAGACAAUAGAAACAAGAAAUUGAAGGCAGAACUAGAAAGCCAAUUAGUCAAAAAAGAGGAAAAAAUUAAAAAGGAAGGUUACGAAUGUACUUGUGGCCAAACUUUUCGAAGGCGAAGUCGAAUGGAAACUUGCUUGAGAUCCCACAAUUUGUUCUGUGAUACUAACACGUAUCCUUGCGUCUCGUGCAAUAAGCAAUUUAAGAACAAAGAAGAAUUAGCUUUACAUAGAAAACGGCUACACAGAAAGAGAUUCCCUUGUAAGUUCUGUCCGACAGACUACCACACGAGAAAAGAGCUCUUCAAACAUUUACAAGUUCACCAAAAAGUCCAAUUGAUGGAGUACAAAGUUAUUUCAGAGGUAGUCAAAGGGAAGCAGAAGUUAAAAUGCUUUAUGUGCAACAAAAGUUAUAUGGAACUGUCUGACUUGAAAUGCCACGUAAUGGAUGAUCACAAAGAGCCUUAUAGUUGUCCACGAUGUAAAAGAACUUUCUCUAAAAUUAUCGAUUUUGGUAACCACACAAAGACUUUUCAUCCCGAAGUUGAAGGACAAUCCGUUUUAGAUGUACUAGAAGCCUUCUCAAAAUUAGUCAAAGCUUGGAAAUGUGAGGAAUGUGGCCUACAGUUCCAUGAGGCAGAUAAACUAGCGAUGCAUCAAAUUGAAAAGCACAGUCCUGAUGUAAAAACCGAGAUGCAAUUCCAGUGUACUGAUUGUCGGAGGGUGUUCGUCAGUCAGAAGGGUCUAACUUCUCAUAGACGCAUACAUCAUAGCACGGAAACUGUGGAAGAAACGGAACCAGUCGAACAAGGGGUUAUGUGUUUAGAAUGUCGGAAAAUAUGCAAAGAUAUGACUGCCUUACUAUCUCAUAUGAGAUUUCACAAUCCCGAUAGAAAGUAUCCGUGCAAAUUUUGCGAUUUUCGUUUCGCAACCCCCGAAAAGAGGAAAGCGCACGCAGAAAUACAUACGGGCGAUAUGAAAUACGUCUGUUUCAUCUGCGAAUACCAGUGCAGUUCGGAAAAUCGACUAAAACAACACAAACUAUCGCCUAAACAUGUAAAUAUGAAGGAGUUUUUAUUGACGGGGAAGCCUAUAGUUCAGGAGGCCCAGUCUUCAGCUAAACAGGAGAAGAUUAAAGAGACUUUGAGGAAGAAAGAGUGGGGGGUAAAAGAGAAGAAGAAAAAAGAGAAAUCGAGAAGUGAGUCGAGUAGUGAAGUGGCUUGUGACAUUUGUGGGGACAAGUUUCCUAGUGAGAGUGAGAUGUCGGAGCACAAAUUAACUCAUCCGUUCAUUGAGUUCCCAAAUGAGGACACGCCUAGUAGAAUAUUCUUUAAGUAAACGAUUAUAUCUUGCCUAUUUAUUUGUUCUGUUGUAGUGGUGUUACUGCUUAUGAAUCAUGGCAUAAUCAUCUUUUGUAUGGAGAUGAAUUAUUAUCAAGUUGUGCUGGUCACACAUUGUUACAGAUGUUGUCACGAAAGCGGCUGUUCCAUUAAAGGGUGUGUGUAAGUAUACAUGCACGAUGUCCGUGUACGCGUACCUAUAUUAACACAUACAAGUAUAGCUCAACCGCUUUCAAGAAAAGUUCUACACCCAAUCUAGUGCCUAAUUUUAAUAACUUUAAUAUGUUUGAAUGACUGUUCACAGUAGUCUUCCAAUAACAUUUAAAGGUAUAUAAAAUACGAUUGUAACGUUAAAUAAGUAGAAUUUAAAGAAUCUAAAGAAUAUUGCAGAUGUGCUUAAUAUGCCAGAUUUUUUUUCGAGUAAUAUCACUACAACUAUACUCUAUCCACGGAAGCAAGAGCUAAAAGGUAAA